AUGGCAAUGUCAAAUUCAUCGAGUGGUGUUGCAAGAGAGGCAGCACAUCUGCCCAGCCGCCCUUACUAUCUCAAGCUAGUUUUAGAACACACUUUGAUUACCAGUCAAGUCCAUGACUAUGACUACCCCGGCAGCGGGACGACUGAAGAUCCAUACCUGGUGGACUGGCUUCCCGACGACCCUAAGAAUGGCUUCAAUUUGCCUCUAGCUAUAAAGUGGACCAUUGUCUUGAUCUGUGCCUUCAGCACGCUAGUCUGCUCUUUCUCUUCGACAGUCUUCGCAGGCGCGAUCAUUCAGAUCGAGGACUUCUUCCAUGUAAAAGAGGAGAUUGCCAUCCUCAGUAUUUGUCUCUAUGUACUGGGCUUCGCCCUUGGCCCCGUUCUUUGGGGCCCGCUCCCUGAGCUUUACGUUCGCCAAUCCAUCUACCUUGUUACCAUGGGCGCCUCGGUCUUGUUUGAGGGCGCGGCGACUGCCAGCAACUCGGCUGCCAUCUCCAACUCGCCUGGUGUGGUCGCCGACAUCUUCGCACCGGCGGAGCGUGGACUCGCCGUCAUGGUUUACUCCAUGUUCCCUUUCCUUGGCCCAACCCUGGGCCCCAUCUGCGGCAACUUCCUUGCUGCUGCUGCUGGGUGGCAAUGGGUUAAUGUUCUAUGCACUGUCUUCUUCGCCUUGAUGUUUGUUCUUGGUCUGAUCUUUAUGCCUAAGACUUACGCGCCCUAUAUCCUACGACGUCGCGCCACGAUAAUGAGCAAGGAGACUGGUAGAAUCUAUGUCAGCAAACUCGACGUCGGCCUCCCACCCAAGACUCUCACUGCCACUUUGAGCACGGCCAUCACGAGGCUUAUCAUCAUGGCGAUAUGGGAACCAAUAUCGACUGCCAUGGCUGUGUAUGCUGCCAUCAUCUAUGGAAUUCUCUACCUCAUUGUCGCCGCCUUCCCUAUUAUUUUCAUCAAUGAACGCCACUGGAGUCAAGGUGUAUCCGGCUUGUCCUAUGUUGGCAUCAUACUCGGUCAGAUCCUUGCUGUGCCCUUCUAUAUCGUUAUUGAGGUUAAAUACCGCAAAAAGAUCGCCCGCCCUGGUGUUGUGCCGACCCCUGAGAUGCGUCUCGAGCCAUCCCUCUAUGGUGCUGUGAUGCUCCCUGUCAGCCUGUUUUGGUUCGCGUGGACAUCAUUCACUAGCAUUCACUGGGCUGUCGGCCUCGUUGGCACUUUUUUCUUUGGGUUAGGCAAUGUUCUUGUCUUCAUCUCCAUGACAAAAUAUCUUAUUGAUACGUAUAGCCUGUUUGCUGCCACAGCAGCGGCUACCAACGCCAUGGCUCGCGCCCUCUUUGGCUUUGCAUUCCCCCUUUUCACCACGUACAUGUACAAUAAUUGGGGCUCACAGUGGGCCUUAUCAAUCCCUGCUUUCCUGUCUUUGGCAUUCAUGCCUCGGCCCUUUAUCUUCCUUCGGGUUGGCUCGAAGCUACGCGCCAAUUCCAAGUUUGCCAACGAGGCCAAGAAACAACUGACACAGCUGCAGGAAGUACGCCAGAAUGUGGAGAAACGAUUUGAAGAGAAACACGCCGGUGAUAAUACAAUUUCCUCUGCCACAGAGGCAGCUGUCGAGCCUGAGAGGGUCGCUGGUACGAUUUCUACAAAAUCAGAAAUUACCGCCUUUGACCGUUCAGACUCCGGCUCAAAUUGA